AUGGGAGUCUUUGGCUUUUUGCUGGUGAUCUCGGCUGCAGUCCUAUCGUCAGAAGCAAAUAACAAUGUGAUCGUCUCAACUCGGUUGGGAAAUAUAUCUGGUUUCCGGGAGCGAUCCACGAAAGGGAACCCAUUCUAUUCUUUCCAUUCUGUGCCUGACGCAGAACCACCGACUGGAAGUCUCCGCUUUAAGGACCCUGUCCCUGUCAAAAGUUGGAGUGGUGUCAAGAAUGGAUCGGUGGUUCCUGAAACUUGUUCACAAAUAAAAUUUUUUGAAGCGACAGUGAGGACGAUAGAAUACGAAGGAAAUGAAGACUGUCUAUAUUUAAGCGUAUUUACCAGCAAGCCAAAUGAAGCUGAUGCUCAGUUACCAGUGAUGGUCUUCAUUCACGGCGGCGCCUUCUUCGCCGGAGGCAUCAACUGGUAUACGCCGUACGUAUUCAUGAAUAAGGACGUCGUGUUUGUCAUGAUCCAGUACAGACUUGGAAUUCUUAGUUUCCUGUCCACCGAAGAUGACGUCAUCCCAGGUAACUUCGGUCUGAAGGACCAAGUGUUAGCUCUGCAGUGGAAACAAGCGAAUAUCCAUAACUUUGGUGGUGAAAGCGCCGGCAGGGCCUCUGUUCAUUUCCAUGUUCUUUCGCCUCAUUCCAAAGGGCUCUUUUCUGGGGCAAUUAUGCAGUCCGGAUCGUUGCUUAACCCCUGGGCAAUGGGCGGCGAGUUCAAGUAUGUGGCAAGGUACACGGGAAAACGCUUCGAUUGUCAAGGUUUGAACGCGCCCAGUGAGCGUUCCAGCAAAGCUCUUCUUUCUUGUCUUCAAAGGACUGAUGUUGUUAAUCUCACAAUUAGCAUUCAAGAUCAUAUACACUGGAACUUCAACCCUGUCCUACUAGGUCCAAGAGUGGAUGGGGACUAUUUACCAGAUGCACCAGAAGUCCUGACAAAAGAAGGUCGUUACAACAAAGUAAACCUUAUGUCAGGUGUCACUUCCCACGAAGGAGGACUCUUUACCUUUCGUGAGUACACAAAUUAAAACUGAGACAAUCAAUGACAU